AUGGCGUACGGCGUGGAGUACUGGCUCCAUGAGCAGUGGCUUGUUCUGUGGCUCGCGCUGGCCUCCCUGACCUUCGCAUUGCUGCACCUGCGGCGUGCGCGGCGUCGGCCGCCGCUGCCGCCGGGUCCCCGGCCACUGCCGAUCAUCGGCAACAUGCUCAUGAUGGACCGGCUGAACCACCGUGGGCUGGCGGCGCUGGCGGCCAGGUACGGCGGGUUGCUGCACCUCCGCCUCGGCCGCGUCCACAUGGUGGUGGUGUCCAGCCCGGAGUACGCGCGCGAGGUGCUCCAGGUCCAGGACGGCGACUUCUCCAACCGUCCGGCGAGCAUCGCCAUCGCCUACCUCACCUACGACCGCGCCGACAUGGCCUUCUCCCACUACGGCCACUUCUGGCGCCAGGUGCGCAAGCUCAGCGCCGUGAGGCUCUUCAGCCGCCGCCGCGCCCAGUCGUGGCUCGCCGUCCGCGACGAGUCCGCGAAGCUGGUCCGCGCCAUUGCCAGGAGCGCCGGCGAGGGCGCCGUCGAUCUCGGCGAGCUCAUCUUCGCGUUCACCAAGGACGUCAUCUUCCGCGCCGCCUUCGGGACACGCGGCGGCGGCAGCAACGACGAGCUUGAGGUCAUCCUGCAGGAGUUCUCCAAGCUCUUCGGGGCGUUCAACAUCGGCGACUUCAUCCCGUGGCUCGCGUGGCUCGACCCGCACGGCAUCAACAAGCGGCUCCGCGCGGCGCGCGCUGCUCUCGACGGCGUCAUCGACAGGAUCAUCGACGAGCACGUGAGCAACUCCGCCGGCGACGAGGACUCCGACAUGGUGGACGACAUGCUCGCCUUCCUCGACGAGCCGGCCGGGCGAGAGCAGAGCGGCGGCGAGCUGCAGGGCACGCUCCGGCUGACGCGCGACAACAUCAAGGCCAUCAUAAUGGACUUCGUUUUCGGAGGGACGGAGACGGUGGCGUCGGCGAUCGAGUGGGCGAUGGCGGAGCUGCUGCACAGCCCCGGCGAUCUCCGGCUGCUGCAGGACGAGCUGGCGGACGUGGUGGGGCUCGGCCGCGGCGUGGAGGAGACGGACCUGGACAAGCUGCCCUUCCUCAAGUGCGUCGCCAUGGAGACGCUGCGUCUCCACCCGCCGAUCCCGCUGCUCCUCCACGAGGCGGCGGCGGACUGCGUCGUCGGCGGCUACUCCGUCCCAAGGGGCUCCCGCGUGAUGGUCAACGUCUGGAGCGUCGGGCGCGACCCCGGCGCGUGGAAGGACGCCGACGCGUUCCGGCCGGCGAGGUUCAUGCCGGGCGGCGACGCGGCGGGGCUGGACCUGAAGGGCGGAUGCUUCGAGCUCCUGCCGUUCGGGUCGGGGCGGAGGGCGUGCCCCGCCAUAGUGCUCGGGAUGUACGAGCUGGAGCUCGUCGUCGCGCGCCUCGUCCACGCGUUCGAGUGGGCGCUGCCCGACGGCGUGCAGCCGGAGGAGCUCGACAUGGUGGACGGCUUCGGCCUCACCGCGCCGCGCGCCGCCCGCCUCCGCGCCGUGCCGACGUCCCGGCUCACCUGCCCGAUGUGACGUCACGUUCAGAUUUGGCGCGAGAGAUGUACUGUGCAACGUGGCUUGAAUGCUCGAUCAGUGUGAGCGUGUGAGAGAGUAUCUGGCGUGGACAUCGUAUGCGUUAUUCGCGCAUACGAAUAUGAAAUAUCCAAAUAAAACUUGAUGAAGUUGGAUUUGAUA